AGGGGCUUCUCCAAUUUACCGGCGUCUCAGACAGUUCCGUGUCAGUAGCCAUAGGAUAUAGGCUGCCACCAUGGACGACCAGGGAUAUUAUAGUAAUAAUAGAAUCAAUUUGACCAAUUCAGGAGUUAAUCGGAGAACAAAUAGGCAGUCUGGAAAUAAUGCAUGGCAAGAGCCCGGGGAUUCCAAUCCUGAUGUCAACGCUAACGCACCUGUUAACGCGAACACCGACCCACAAACACAGCAGGAUCCAACUCAGCCUCGACAUUCAGAUGGGUUCACCAUGAUACCACCCAUUGAAUCACGAAGGAGUAAACUACAAAUGAUGGCUCAGAAAGAAGAGGAGGAUUUACAGAGAUGGAAGGAAGCAAAUAGACCUGGUCCUGUCCAGCUGGCCCCAGAGAGGCUAGGUGGUGCUGUGUCAUUGGCUGAGGCCAGAGAGAGGCAGCUGUUGGAGUUACGCCGAUCUAAAUUGCAGAAACAGCUGAGAAAAGAGGAGAUGGACCGGCAACGGAAACAGGCUGAGGAAGAGGAGAAUGACAGGAUGAAGGCUAAACAGCGGGAGAAGGCUGAGAGACUGGAGGAGAGGAGAGAACAGGAGGAGAGGCAGAGGAGAGAAGUUCUCCAACAGGACCACCUCAGGAAGACAAAGCAGUUCCUUCAGAGGGUGGAGAGGUCAGAUGCAGCUCCAUUGGCAGUAACUAGUGCCUCACACACAUCACCCUGGGCCAGAGCCCAGGAAUACAGGUCAGAGAGGAGAGAGGAGGAGAACACCGCUCUACAGCUGAAGAAGGAGGAACAGAGGAAGAAGAGUGAGGUUUUGGAGGAGAAAGAGAGUGAUCAAGAGAAGGAGAGGAUGAGAGAAUUGAGAAGGGGGAGAUCAGCUUUCCUCGACCGACUGCAGGGUGGGGGCACAGAGGUUGCAGGGGGGCAGAUUGAGCUACAGUGCCCCCCUGUGGCUAUGGAGGAGGACAGAAGAGGCUGGCAGACCCAUAGCCAGACCUCCCGACCACAAGACACCUUUACAUCCCCGGAGCCUGACCCAGCACACAGCACCUCAGAGUGGCGAGAGGAGACCAAUCCAGACUUUGAGUGGGUUGUGAUGAAGCUUCAGAAUAGCUUCCCGUUCUGUGAGAGACCCUUUCUGGAGGACAUCGUCAUUCAGUGUAACGGAGACUAUCAACAGGCCUAUGACUUACUUAUCUAGUGUUGCGGAGACUACCAACAGGCAUGUGUGUUAGUCUAAUGACAACCCUUGUGUAUUAACUUUUAGUGCUGAAUCUUCCUCAUAUCUUCAUCUAGUACUAAUAAUAUUCUGAACCUUGAAAGUAAUAGUACAAUUGUGAAACUUGAUUCCAUAAAAAUGAUAAUAUUGUGAAACUUGAAAAUAUCUAUGGAUCAAGUAAUGAUACUAUUGUGAAAGGUAAUAUCUUAGUAAUAAUAAUAGAGUGAAACGACUUAAUUUCUUCAUUACAAAUUACAAAUUGCUCCAUUGUGUCUGACAUUGAUUUAGGAUGUUUUUUACAAAUGAGUUGUAGGUCACUAGGAUGAGUCAGCAUCUUUAUAUCCAUUUGGCUUUUAACAAGCUCAUUGUGUUGUUAUGGAAACAUCUGUCCUGUUUUCUGUUUCUCUGUAUAAAGGCUAAUCACAAUAACAUGUUGGCUAUCCAUUACAAGGGUUUGUCAUCUGUAUGAUGGACAACAA